CCCAAUUUGUAAAUUCUGCAGUUGGCAGCGCGAACAAGGUUCCAGCCCGAGAGAAGAUGAUGACGUCGUAAUUCAGCUUCUUUUGUACCUACCUGCAAAGCAACUGUACCACGCUUUUCAGCUCACAUUUUUCGUGUCUUCUGAGACUGCACGCCAAGUUUCUCAGCCUGUUCGGCAAAUGCUUUGAGAAUAAGGCCCAAGAUUGACCACGAAAAUGAUUGGCCUUUGUCAUUGAGUCGCCCGUCAAAUCAUGAGCAUAGCUUUCUAAGCUGUUAAAGACAGGUCGGGUGCUCCAGAGGUUCAGGUUGGUUGAAAGAGGGGUUCCACUCGAAGGGCAGGGAAUCAUCUAGGACCCCAAGCAUCAUGGUCAGCAAGUUUUUUACGUUUCACUCUCUCGUCAGAGCUGUCCAGCCAUGUCUAUAGCUGCUCAGGGCAUCAGGAGCCUAGGGUUUAGCAGAAGAAGGUCAGGCGAUGAUGCGAGCAAUACCUCAGAGGAACAUGGUCGAGCUUUCCGGCAUGGAGCUGACUCAAGGGCGAUCCAGUCCUCGCUGGACUUUCGGUCGAGGAGCGAAACACCGUGCCACUCUCAGAUCUCGCCUGACAUUCGUUCUGUCAGCCCAUCGCCUGGUAAAGUCAGACGUGAGGCGUUCACCAAUGUAGCGACAGAACUUGCAAGCCCAGAGGCAGCUGUCCCUUCUUUCUUUGGUCAGAGAGAAGGCGAACGGGCUCUCCGUUCCAGCCAGCAGAUAGUUCCGAGAAGAUCUUACUCUAAUGCGAGCUCAGCAACCGCUGCCGCAAAGCCAAACGACGCCAAGUUCUGGUUCACGAAAGCGAAGGCAGUUUACAGCUGUCGGCCAUUUUCUCCAAAGAAGAAGCAAGGGGCGCCAUUGAAGCCCAAGGGGCCUGCUCGCCGCUCGGCAAGCUUUGCCUCUGUUUGGCCAAUCACGGGGAUCGGGGAUGGCGUUCCGCACAGGCAAAAUGUCAAUCUGACGAAUUACAGUGAUGAUACUGUGGAAGAUACCGUAUGCAAAUAUGAGACUGCAACGGUAGGAGGAAGCUCAGCUGUAGGUUCCGAAGGAAGGCCGGAUGAUGAAAGCUCAGGACAACUAGACUCGGCUGGCUGUUCCUUCGAACAGCUGGCGUCAGACACUAGCGCAGCAAAUGCAGCUGCAAAUCAAAGUAGGUACACUGCGUGCAGAAGUGGUAUUGCGGCAGAGCAUCCGCACAGAUAUGAGCCAGCUGAAAGUCAUGUGUACACCAGGAUUGAGUCAGGCAGAAUUGCAAGCACCAGCAGCCCGUCCCCUCCCCCCCGCUCGCCCGCCCGCUACUUACCCCGCCGCAGCAAGAGCGUCACAGAUGCUGACAUCAGGCCCCCCUUCUAUCCCCAGCCUGGCAUCAAAGACGGCGAAAGCCUGCUCGAAACUCUGCCCCAGGGGGGGCUCUAUGAGAGCACGCUUGAGCCACCCCACGACGGCUCAGCUUCGCGCCUGCGACAUGCAAAGUCAUUGACAGUUGUGACUCUCCUUGGGGGUGACUCGGAUGAUGAGCAGAGAGGGCGCCGCCAGGGGCGGCGGAGGACCUGGAGUUCGCUGCAGCUAGGACAAAGCUUGAGGGGCGAUCUGGAGGCCUCUCCGCCUUCCUCUCCUUUGGGGAGGAGCAGGUCGAAGACCGGGAAGAGAUCCUUCACGAGCAAGUUCGGAUCGAGCCGGCAUCGGAAGCGCAGUUAUUUGGCCGGCAGUGAUCCAAGCUUCCGAGGCGUUUCCGAGGAGCACAGUCGCACGUCGCUUGAUGGUACAAUUGCGUUCGAGACACAGUUGAAUGCGGAGCGGUCGGUCAGGGCGUGGGCCGCGGAGAACCGGCCGCCGCGCAAGGGCAUGGACCUCGCGAUCAAGGCGGCCGCGGAUGCUAAUGCACAUCUCAGCACCAACUACGAGAAGGCGAAGAACAAGGCCCGGCAGCUGCAAGCUCAACUGGAGCGCCUGACCGAGAUCAGCGCAAACCUGGACCGCAGCCUGUCCGCGUAUGAGGAGCUGACACGUGGCGACCAGGAGGUGCUCCAGAAGCUGGAGGACGCGAAUGACGUCACGGAGGGGGAGAGGAUGACGACCAAGCGGUACGAGCACAUGCUGACACGUGUCCAGGAGGAGCUGUCCAGGCUCAAGGGGUCGGUGGACACGAUAACCAAGGAGGUUAAGGCGGCGGAGAGGGCACGGGCGGCGGUGACGCAGCGGCAGGAGACGGGCCCAACGAACCCACAGACGGCCGAAAAAGCGGCCGUGACGCAGCGGCAGGAGGGCGCGCGCGCGGAAUCGGUGGGCGCGCGCGAGGCCCUGGUGCGCGCGAAGCGCGAGCUGGGGGGGCUGCACUUCGCGUGGCACGCCCAGCUGGACGAGCUCAAGCGGGAGAACGAGGAAAACGAGGAGGCAGUCCAGUACUCCGUGCGGCGGGAGCGGAUGCGGCAGCGGAUCCUGCGGGAACUAGGCAAGAACGGAAAGCCGGCCUCGAGCUCGCAACCGGGGGAUGUUUCCGGUAGGGCCCUUCUUCCCGACGGCGCGCCGAGUGACGUCAAGCUGGCGAGCUACGAGGCGCUGACGGGGCUGGUGGGCACGCGUGACGUACCGUCCAUCAUUUCGAUGUACGCUGAGCGCAAAGAGAACAACGAGAAGCUGCUCGAGGCCAAGGGCCGCGGGGAGGAGCGAUUGCGGCGACUCAAGGACGAGAGGGCCGAGCUGGAGGUCGCCCUCAAGCAGGUGGUAUACGUCGACUUGGGUCAAGCGGUCGGCGCGCAGGCGGGGUUCAAAACCGAGAUCCAAAAGAAGGAGGACCGGUUGAGGCGGGACCAGGAGCGCACGCUGGCCGCGGAGCGUGACAUCAGCCUGGUGGGCACGUGCCUCUGGCAGCUGCUCGCGCGCAUCCCCGACUCCUCCGACGCGCUGCAGGGCCUGCCGGCCGCGUAUUUCAAGGACGCGGCCGCGGCCGCGACGCCGAACCCCCAAACCCCCGCGGUCGCGCCGCGGCACGCGCCCCGCAAGUCGGUGGCGAAGGGAUCCCUCGACGCCAAACACGCGCGGAUGCCGCGGUCGCCGGGGGGGCGGGAAAACGGAAGAACAGCUGGAGGACCUCGUAUGCGUCCGUGA